AUGAACAUAUUCAAAAAAACAUUUAAAUAUUCUUUUAAUAAUCAAAUAAUUACUUGUAUUGAUCAUUUCCAAGAAAAAGGAUAUAGUCAAUGUCAUAUUUAUUCGUAUCCAUAUAAAUUGAAAGUUUACAAUAAUAUAACAAAUAAUUUUCGAGGUGGAUUAUUCACCUGUGUUACUCAAGUAUCAUUAUAUGAUGAACGUCCAUUUGAACAUGAUUUUUUUCUUCGAAUUGCUCAAUCAUUUCCAUUUAUGAAAGAAUUAACAAUAAAGAAUCAAACAGCACAAAAUAAGAAACAAUUUAUAAAAUCAAACAGCGAUGAUGAAAUAUUGUCAAUUAUUGAAUAUCCCAAUCUUACUCGACUUGAUCUUACUAACACUCAUGAUAAUUAUGUUGAACUAUUUUUAUUUGAUAGGAAAAUGUCUUUGCCAAAUCAUCUUCAUCUUUGUGUCGAUUAUCAAUCAUUGGAAAGAGUGACAUACUAUUUUACAAGAUAUAUAACACGAAAUCAUUGUGCAAAACUUGCUGGUGUAUAUUUUUAUACAUUGAAUCAAAUCGAUGAAAAUAUCAAAAACUAUUUUCCUCAUACAUGUAUACGUCGUGCUGUUGAUUUUGUAUUAUCUAAAUAA